CUACCCCUCUGAUAAAUUUUUACUAGUUUAAAUGAAGCGCUUUGAACCCUUUACACACUUUAUGCAUAUUCUCAACGCUGUUCAAUACGCUUCCUAUGAAACUGACAAGGAGAAUUGUUUAAAAGUCAAGAGCUUCUUUGGAAGGCGAUAAUUUUCUUAAUUUAGAUGCGAGUCACUCUCAAAGGGUUAAACUAGAAAGGAAGGUCUUCAUUUAGUCUCAUUUUACAAGUGUUUUAUAUCUAUGGCCAUAUCUAAUCUUGCCUUUCUUUCUGUAGUAAGGGCUUCAUUGACACUAAUUACUCGUUUGAUGGAUGAUGCAAAUAUAUUGAAGUGCGUGCAUCCUGAAGUUGAAGCAAGCUAAAUAAAUGGAAUGACGGGGCUGGACGCGAGCACUUAACAGCGUGCCAUUUCAUUCCAUUGUCACUUAAAGAAUCGCACUGGUAGAGCUCAGUUUGACAGAAGGAGGCGUUAGAAAGUGUGGAAACCAAACGGACAAUAGCCAAAGAGAAGGGUCAAAGAUGCCUGACAAAUUUGGUAAAGAAGCACUGGAAGCUCACAACAGAUACCGGUCUCUCCACCAGGCUCCUCCGCUGAAGUGGUCAAGAUCUUUAGAAAAAGACGCUGAAAAGUGGGCUAAACAGUUGGCUAAAGAAGGAGGGAGGCUGAGACAUGAAGAAACUGAUGAUGGAGAGAACGUAUACGCCAUAUCCGGUAAGAGUGAUGUCACCGGAGGAGAAGUCGUGGAUCGGUGGUACGCAGAAGUUGACAACUAUGAUUUUAGAAGUCCAGGAUUCAAAAGUGGCACUGGCCACUUCACACAGAUUGUUUGGCAGGAGUCAACUGAAUUCGGAAUAGGAAAGGCCAAAGUUGGCGACGACAAAGUUAUUGUCGUAGCUCGCUAUCGACCACCAGGAAAUGUCAUUAAUCACUUCCAAAACAAUGUUAAUCCAAAGCUGGGUAGCUCAGUCACUAACCGCUCUAGGGAGAGGGAUUCGAGAGAUUCUUCGACGCGGCCGGAACCAAGACGAGAAAUUGAUGACUCCAGAAGAUCUUCUUCUCGACAAGAAAAAACUGAAACAAUUACUUAUGAUCGAGACGGGGUCAAAACUACAGUAACGAGGACAGUCAUAACUGAUGGAGAAAGGGGAGAUCAAUUUGAUAGAUUUCCAAGAGAUAUGAGAAGAGCAUUUGACGACGGUCCUUUCAAAGAUAAAAAGGAAAGAUUGGAGCAAAGCGAACCUUUCAAGGAUAGGAUGGACAAGUGGGAAAGAAAUGCUCAGCCAACGUCUUACUCGACUUCGUGGAGCAGUCAGAAACCUAAGGAAACAAGACCAGCAGAUAGAUUUAGUCCUUCCGCCUCAGCUACCUCAUCUCCAGCGGGAUCAUUUGCAAAACAAUCCCUGGACAGUCAUAAUAAAUACCGAGCUAUGCAUGGUGUUCCGGCCAUGAAGUGGGCGGAUGACCUUGCAAGGGAAGCGCAAGCUUGGGCUGAGAAGCUUGCACGCGCCCGUACAUUGCAGCAUUCGAGUAAAAGCGAGAGAAAAGAUGCUGGAGAGAACUUAGCAUAUUUUACGGAAAGGUUUGAUUCUGCAGGAGAAGAAGCUACCACUAUGUGGUACGACGAGUAUAAAGAUUAUGAUUUCCGCCGUGGUGGAUGGCAGGGGGGAACUGGACACUUCACUCAAGUGGUUUGGAAAGGCAGUAAGGAGCUAGGAAUGGGUCGAGCGAAAACAAGUGAUGGUAGAGGAACAUAUGUGGUGGGUCGAUAUCGUCCUGCAGGAAACGUCAUCAACUACAUGCAAGACAACGUGUUUCCAAGGAGAGGGCGCUAAGUCACAGAAUGAAAUCACGCUCAAAUGCAAAAUUAAUAAACAUAGGCGUUGACAUUUGAUGUAAAUCUUAAUUUUCAUAACGACAAUUAUGUUUUCUCGACAGAAUAAAAUUUACUGAAUUUACAUUCAAGGGAAAACUUAGAGCAUGUAACACAAGUAUGGAAGUUUUUUUUUUUUUAAUGAUAACAUUACUAUUUGCCUAGAAAGGCGAUGAAAAUUCAGUAUAUUCAGUAGAAAAUUAAAUGUGGCAAACUUUAGUCGGACGGUUACAUAUUCUUGUUCGUACGACCCGAACGGGUUAACAUAAUAAAACGACAGAAUAUUGUCUUAAGGUAACUGGAGUAAGCUUACAAAUUAAAACAGAGAAUAACUUUUCAACAGUUAUGCCGGGUUCAAUAUAGAGAAGGCCAGAGAAACAUGAACCAGCUUCAAGCUGUCCCAGGUUUUUUUUAGUCUCAGACGCGCAUGCACCUCGAGCAAGCAUCUUUUAUCAUUGUCAGAUAACGCACGCUUGAGCAUGAAAAGAGGAUGUUUUUUUCACGUGCUACUUUAGUCCUUUUAUACAGAAAAUACGCGGGUAUUGCCAGCCUUGUAACAUUUUAUAUCAUUUCGCCGGCGGUAUUUAAUGAUGCUCAUUUUUUGAGCACUUGUAAGGGCUGUAUGAUACAAGUAGAAAUCACAUUCAUUAAAAAAAAAAUAGUCAAAAAUA